GAACGUCAAAGAGCCAUUCAAACUACAAGAACUUCAUUACCUCAGAAUACAAAGUUCCAUCAUGGCUAAACAACCUUGAUCUUAGCUAGCUUUCCUAUAGUACACAAUCUUAGCUAGCUCAGUAAAAUGGAGAGAGUAAACGAAUUGGCAAAGACUAAGGCAGCUGUGAUAUUCAGCAAGAGCACAGACUGCAUGUCUCACAGUAUCGUCACACUUUUUCAUGAACUUGGUGCAAGCCCAGCAGUUUAUGAGCUGGAUCAUCAUCCUAGAGGAUGGGAAAUGGAGUGGGCCUUACAACAUUUGGGCUGUAAACCAACUGUACCUGCAGUCUUUAUUGGUGGAAUAUAUGUGGGAUCAGCAACCGAUGUGCUUGCUGCUCACCUUAAUGGUUCUCUCAAACAUAGGCUCAUUCAGGCAAAAGCUAUCUGGCUUUAACAACUUAUUGCUAAAGAAUAAAGUCAUACUAUUAUGCUUCUAUCCAAAGCUUUUCCUUUCAAAAGCUUUUCGUAUUUACAACGUACUAUAACGAAAUGUACAAAGCUCUAAUACAGUCACAGUUACUAACUAUGUAGGGGACUAGGGAUUCAACAGGACAUCAAGCUCUGUAUAUCAUCCUGUAUUCAGGUGCAAAAUCAAUACUUGAAUUGAAAAUUAAUGCAUAUUAUAUUAUUAUGUCCAAA